AUGCCGACGAGAUCACAGAAAAUGGGCCUCAUCGGCGCCAUCUCCUACAUUAUCGGUAAUAUUGUCGGCUCCGGAAUUUUCAUCACUCCCAAGUAUAUUCUCAACGAAGUUCAUUCGGUUCGUUGUUUUUCUGAGAAAGUUUGAAAAAAUCAUAUGACUGAAAAAAUCUUAAAUUUCUUAUAUAGUCUGUGUACCACGACUUGAAAUUUCACCGAACGACGUUCCGCUGUUCCGCUGCGUGCGUUCGCGAAGCGUCUUUCCAAUCUAGGUCACGUUUUCAAUUGAUUGUUAUUGCUGUGGGAGCAAAUAAAAGUAGAGUACCUCUCAACUAUAGAGGUGGUAUUCCGAUUAGGCCGAGGUCCAGAUGCAGCUUUUGAUCCUGAUGACCAAAAAAAGUCAUGUUUCGGAACCUAUUCGACACCAAAAAGAUCGACUUAUCUAUCAUCAACUAUAACUUUUUCUUGGACUUUCCACCCAUUUCUGAAAAAGUAUCCUACGUCCAGUGAGCUGGAAAUGCACGGAUUUCAGGUUGGUAUGUCACUGACAAUCUGGCUUCUGUCCGCUUUGAUUGCUUUGUUAGGCUCCUUUUGCUACGUUGAGCUCGGGACCUCGAUUCGAGUCAGCGGUGGCGAUUUCGCCUAUCUUUGCUUCAUGAAAUGGUGGGUCUGAUUUGAGAAAAAUAGUGUUUUGUGGUUUAAAAGCGUAAAGACGCUUCCUAGAAAUUAGAGAGCAAGAGAUCAAUGGCGGCCUGAAGAGACGCCAGACAAAAAACCUUUAAAAGACCCCUAUAUGGACCACUAACGCUUUGGGGGUUCAGACCCUGAGGGGACCAUCUUAAUGUUAACCCUAUAGGGACCAUUUUUUAUCCCCUAUAAGGACUGCUUCUUUUCCUAAUCGCUCUAGAGACUACUCUGGGGUUUCUAAUUUAUUUUUUUCAAAUUUUUCCUCUCAAAACUUCGUGCGAUCAAUCUCCAAGCUUCUUGAAAUAAAAGUUCAACAGGAACUCGAUCGCCUUCAUGUUUAUGUGUAUCAGCUGUACCAUCAUUUUUCCGGCAAGCCUGGCCCUACAAGCCCAAACUUUCGCCGAAUACGUAUUCCGGGUAUGAACUCUUGUGUUCAAAAAACCUAUCUAACUACACCUUCAACAGGGAGCCAACGUGACCCUCGACCCAAAUUCCGACUAUUGGGCCAAGAAACUACUCGGAUUCUCCUUGAUUCGUUAGUUUUUUCAUCUUUUUAUAGUUGGAAAGUACUAAAACGAUACUCUUAUAAUAAUUGAUCAGGUUAAGCUUUUCGGCUACCUAUUGUAUUAUAACUUCACCUUUUCGAACGCCUAUCCGAUAUUGAUGGAUUAACUCUACUCUGUUCACAACCUGGCCGGUCGCUAAAGUUUUCAGGUUACUGUAAGGUCCCUGAUUCGUUCCAGGACCUGUAUCUUGAAAAAGUCUCACGCAUUCAAAGUAUUUACGUAGAUCUAUUCACUAUCCUUCCCUAUAAAUAAAAAACACCCCUAGUCUGUCCCGGAAGAUUUGGGUUACUGUAAGAUCCAUGAUUCGUUCCAGGACCUGUUCCUCGGCGAAAUUACGCCGUCAUAGUAUUUACGGAGAAAGUCACCCCUAGUUUGUCCCCAAAAUUUUUAUGUAACUUUAAAAAUCAUUAUUCGCUCCAUGACCUAGUUCUAAAUGAAAUCGUGCGCCUUUAACACUCUCACGUUGAUCUAGUCAACAACCUUCUUUCAGAAUUGAAUAUGAAAAUUUCAAUUUUCAGUCCUUCUCAUGUUCAUGAACAACUUCUCGCUGAAAACCCUCGUCCAGCGAUUUUCGAUAUUCGCCUCCCUGGCCAAAAUCGCCGCCACACUGACUAUCAUCGUUUCCGGCUUCUACCUCCUCAUUUUCAAAUGUUUCUCAUUAAUCAAAUCUCAGUUCUUCAUCAAAGACGUUUCAGCGAGGACUGAAAAUCUGAAAGAACCAUUCAAAGAAUCGGUUAUUGCGCCAGGAAACCUGGUAACGGCACUGUUCUCCGGGUUAUUCUCCUACGAUGGUUGGGAUAUUCUGAAUUUUGGCGCUGAGGAGAUCGAAAAUCCAAAACGGUAAUUUUGUGUGCUGUAAGGGACUUGCAGCCGCAUUUGAAAUGUCUAUGAGAAAAAUUGUUACAAAUGAGGCCGAAUUAUUUCCAGCACUGAGAAAAAUUCUCUCCAAGUAAGACCCGUGUCAAAAUCAAAAUUUGAUUUUUAAUUGGCUAUUUUGUCCUUUACUUCCAAACAUACUGUAAUAUUUCAACUUGGCUAUUUUGAGGUUGGCUUUCCGUCCUUUGCUUUAUAGCCAUUCCAAACGCGGCUCAAAUUCUCCGAAAUGAUUCCAAUUGAGUUUGAUUCUCCUCUAACUAUCUCGAUCUAUUCUUAAAUCCACAUCACGAAAAAUCUGUCUCUCCAGGUUGCUUCAUAGCCAUUCCAAAUGCGACCGAAAACCUCCAAACUGUUCGCAUUUGGAAUGGCUUCGCGCCUACUUUUCUCAAUCUACUCCAAAAUUUAAAUCACGAGACACCUAUCUCUCCAGCUUGCUUCAUAGCCAUUCCAAACGCGGCUCAAACUCUCCAAAAUGAUGUCAAAUGAGUUUUAUUCUCCCCUUUUCUCAAUAUACUCUCCCAUCCACAUCACGAUAAAUUUUUCCCUCCGGCUUGCUUCAUAGCCAUUUCAAAUGCGGCCCGAAUUUGGUCGCAUUUGGAAUGGCUUCUUGCCUACUUUCUCAUCCCAAAUAAACCAACUAUUCAGAACCAUGUCCCUUUCGAUUCUGAUCGGCAUGACGAGUAUCGCUGCACUUUACAUCGCUGUCAACCUAUCUUACUUCGUAGUGCUCAGCACGACUCAAUUCAGUCAAUCUUCGGCUGUCGCGAUUGUAAGAACCUUUAAAAGUCAUGAAAGAGUCAAUCCAUUCCAAGGACUUUGCUCGAGAAGCGCUUGGGAGUGCGGCUUUUGUGAUGCCAAUAAUGAUAGCCGUACUGUUGAUUGGAUCCCUAAACAGCACGCUUUUUCAAGCAAGUCGGUUAGUCUUUCUUAUGACUUCAUUCGGCUUCGGAUGAACCAGAUGCUUACAAGUGGUCUCUCGAAAAGGCCACCUACCCAGCUGCAUUUCUGGACUUUCACCCGUCUCAGAAUCACCUCGAGUAGCCCUUUUUGUUCAUGUAAGUGUGCUCCAAUGACAAACUAAGGAUGUUCUUGAUAUUAAGGUGUCCCUGGCGCUUUUGGUUUCUUUCAUGGGUGAUAUGGAUCAAUUGAUCACCUACGUCUCGUUCGCACAAUGGUCACAGCGUUCUUUCACGAUGGCUGCGUUGAUUUGGGUCCGAUUCAGGUAAAUUUCAACGAAAAAAGAAGUUUAUAGUCUUCGAAGCCAUGUUUCGAAAUGUUCUUCUUGCGCUCUUGUACCGCUUGAGCGGCGUCGAGAACCCAAGUCGGUGAGACAGGUCCUAUCCUGAUAUCAGUUAAAGUCAGCGGACUGACUCUAGCGACAUGUCCGUUUGGGGUUUUUGAAGCUGUGGUUUUCCACCAUUAACAUUUUUAUUUUUAAACCCUUUGGUUUGGGUCCUGAGGGAUCCUUAGGGGUGGUAUCCCACUACUAACAAUUCAUAAACCCUUUGGUUUGGGACCUCAGGGAUCCUCCGGGAUGGUAUCCCACUACCAAAACUUCUUAAGCCCUUCGAUUUGGGACCUCAGGGGUGGUAACCCACUGCUAAAAUUUCUUAGACUCUUUAGUUUGGGACCUUAGGGAUCCUCAGAUAUGGUAUCCUACUACCAAAAAUGUCUUUAACCCUUUGAUUUGUGACUUCAGGGAUCCUCAGGGAUGGUAUCCCAGUACCAAAAAUUUCUUAAACUCUUUGGUUUGGGACCUCAGGGACCCUCAGGGAUGGUAUCCCACUACCAACAUUUCUUAAUCCCUCUAAUUUGGGUCCUCAGGGAUCGAAACUGUGACCCUGGCGCACAACCUGUUAUGGCAAGCCGCCACUCGAAUUAACAUUGAAAAACUAAAAAAUGUCCUUUUCAGAAACCAGCCACUCCAUCCGGAAAGGUUGCAACUGCCGAUAAUUUUCCCCAUAAUCUUCCUUAUCGUCUGUUCUGGCAUGGUAUUUAACUUAUCAAAAUCUUAUCAACCUUGAUUUUUUUGCAGGUUGUGACAAGUAUUAUAGAGAACUUGAAGUCUUCACUUAUCGGACUGGGUAAGAUUUGUGAUUUCAAAGUCGGGCGCCAAUUCUUCCUCGGGUUAUUAAAGGAUCAUGGAGUUUUUUUUUUUAAUUUAUCGAGACAACUCAUACAAGCUUGAAGUUUUUUUAAAGGCGCGGGGAGGAGCCUAAAACAUGCCUGCGCCUUUAAAAACCCCCAAUAAGCGUUUAUUAAUGAACUAAAACAAAAUAAAUUAACUUCAAGGGGUCCUCACAACGGGAAUCACACUCUAUUGGGUGUUUGUCUGGGAAAGGGGUCUCCCGAAAUUCGAAACCUAUAAAUCAAUAGCUCACGAUCUUAAUGGUUGGUUUCUUCUCGAGAAACAUGUUUAUUGACUUUUCUUGGAGAUGGAACAACAAAAUUCGCGCAAAUCGUAUUCAACGUGAUGCCUGAUCGUGGUCUCCAUGAGGAACUGGACAAUGGUUCAAAAAAUGUUUUUUUUAAAGUUUGAUCAUUCAAAAUCGAAGAAAUAUGAUUCUAUUAGGCUUGAAGAUGAAUAUCAAAAACUGUUUCCUUAGUAAACUAAGAAAAUUUUCUUUUUUUCCCAGAGCGAGGUAAUUUUUCAUUUAGUUUUUGAAAUUUCUGAAAAUUGGCCUGGAUAUUUUACAAGAUGCUGGAAGAUGAUUAUGAAAAUAUAAACUUACAAAAUAUUUUAACUCUUCCGAAAAGAGUCAAAAAACCAUCAAAAUGAGUCAUUUGAAACUGAUUCUUUCGAAAAUCGGCAAAUUGUGAAUUUUAAAAGGCUUUCCAGGGCUCGGCUGGUAUAUCUAGGAGUAUUCUGGCGAAUUUCCAGAAAAUUCUUUUUAAAACAAGGAAAAAAACCUUCUCAUUUUUUUGCCAACCUUUUUUGAGACUUUCAAUUAAUAACCCACUAAUUUUUAAAUAUUUAGAAAAAAAGCUCGGAUUUUUUUCAAAAAAGUUUUUUCAGAUCCAGCCGUGUCCAGUGGAAAACAAGAGCUUCUCGAAACGAAUAAAUGA